CAACUUCCAAGAAAAAGAAGAAGCACUAUACGUACCAAGAUAGAUGGCACAAUCAUCUGCAAUGAAUGGUGGAGAUGGCAUCUAUAGUUACCUCAAGAACUCCAAUUUGCAGAGGGAUGGGUUGAAUGCAGCAAAGAAUGUAAUAAAGGAGGCCCUACUCGAAAGCCUCGACCUAAAAACACUGCUAUUGUCAUCACCUAAUUCGACCGCGACCACAUUCACCAUUGCAGACUUAGGUUGCUCCGUUGGACAAAACACUCUCUUCGCCAUGAAAAUGCUAAUCGAAACCGUCGAACACAAGCACCACAACAUUUCACAAGAAAACUCCGAAAAAAAUCGAAUCGAGUUCCAAGUAUUCUUCAACGAUCAGACGGCCAACGACUUCAACACCCUCUUCGCCUCUCUUCCGCCUCAACACGAGAGGAAAUAUUUCGCAGCGGGUGUUCCCGGUUCUUUCUACGGCAGAUUGUUCCCUUCUUCUUCGAUCCACAUCGCGUAUUGCUCUUCCUCGCUUCACUGGCUAUCCGAGUUGCCGGUGGAUUUGGUGGACAUAAAUUCUCCCGCCUACAACAGCGGUAGAAUACACUACACGGGUGCCUCCGAUGCGGUGGUGGGAGCUUAUGCGGAUCAGUUCGAAAAGGAUAUGCAAGUGUUCUUGACGGCGAGGGCGGAAGAAAUUGUAGGCGGUGGAAUGGUUGUUAUUCUGAUGCCGGGUGUCCCCGACGGCGGCGUUACUCAUGAUGUUGGGAUUGCACUCACUUUUCUUGGAUCCAUCCUCAUGGAUAUGGUCGAAGAGGUAUGCUAUUAUGAAUUAAUGAUUUAAAACUGAAAAUGCAUUUUUCUUGCAUUAAUUUGACUUUUUUAGUUAAUUUAUUAUGAUUUUAUUCAAAUGGUCAAAGAAUGCAUCAAGCAUGUUCUCAUUUUUUU